CUAAUGUUUGUUGUCCUUGAAUUAUCAUGUCUACCCUUUACUUUCCCCACGAUUCUCGCGCCUGCUUGCUCUUCGCCUCCCCGUUCUUCCUGUUCUUUCGCUAUGGCUGAUCAACUAACAGAGGAACAAGUAGCAGAGUUCAAAGAAGCGUUUUCUUUAUUCGAUAAAGACGGUGAUGGCACUAUAACGACAAAAGAGCUAGGCACCGUUAUGCGAUCCUUGGGUCAAAACCCCACCGAGGCUGAGUUGCAGGAUAUGAUAAACGAAGUGGAUGCAGAUGGCAACGGUACAAUUGAUUUUCCUGAAUUUUUGACCAUGAUGGCACGAAAGAUGAAGGAUACAGAUAGCGAAGAGGAAAUACGAGAGGCAUUCAGAGUUUUUGAUAAGGAUGGAAAUGGCUUCAUAUCCGCUGCAGAAUUAAGGCAUGUAAUGACUAAUCUGGGAGAAAAAUUAACCGAUGAAGAAGUCGAUGAAAUGAUCCGCGAGGCUGAUAUAGAUGGCGAUGGCCAAGUGAAUUAUGAA